UCGCUCCAUUCUACCAUCCAUUGUCUCACAGUCGUGUCGACGACGAAGGUCUCCACCUGAGCUGUUGCUUCUCUGAUCUUGUAUUCCUCCUCUCCAUCGGAAAUUUAGAAAAUGACCACCAAUGUGCAAACAAUCACUAGUUCUGUAGUCAUGGUACACGGAGAUGAAAAAGCGUUCAGUAGCUCAAAAGUAACAAUCUCAACCAAUAUGAUAUGUGACACUAAUAGCGUUAGCUGUAGCAGUACAUCACAGGAAUUGAACAAGUUGAAACAAGUGAAGAGGCCUGAAUGCAAAACAAAACUAGAUAUUUUCAUUCAAUUGAAUUCAUAGUUAUGGCGUCCACUAUUGCGAAUAUGCCGUUGAAUGUUGGAACAAUUAAGGGUUUAGAUUGCCGGAGCUAUGGAAAUUUUAAACCGAAUGCCCUACCAAUUCGCCCGUCAGUCUCUACUUUGCCUUAUAGGUGUAUGUUUGUAGUCAAGGCUUCAACCAGUGAUGGACCCAUGAAAAAAUUGGGUAGGAGUGAUGCGGAAUGCGAAGCUGCUGUUGUUGCUGGAAACAUCCCUGAAGCGCCUCCGGUUCCCCCCAUUCCUUCAUCACCUGCUGGAACUCCAGUGGUUCCCUCAUUUGAGAUUAGUCGACGACCGCGUCGUAAUCGCAGAUCACCAGUCUUGAGAUCUGCAUUCCAGGAAACAAGCUUGUCCCCUGCAAAUUUUGUAUACCCUCUUUUUAUCCAUGAAGGUGAAGAGGACACACCUAUUGGUGCCAUGCCUGGUUGCUAUAGGCUUGGGUGGAGACAUGGGCUUCUUGAAGAGGUCUCAAAGGCUCGUGAUGUUGGGGUCAAUAGUAUUGUGCUCUUCCCAAAAGUUCCGGAUGCAUUAAAGACUCCCACAGGAGAUGAAGCAUAUAAUGAUUCUGGACUCGUACCUCGAACAAUUCGGUUGCUUAAAGACAAGUACCCUGAUCUUAUCAUCUACACUGAUGUCGCUCUAGAUCCAUAUUCUUCAGAUGGGCAUGAUGGUAUUGUUAGAGAAGAUGGAGUUAUAAUGAACGAUGAGACUGUGCAUCAGUUAUGUAAACAGGCUGUUUCACAGGCCCGAGCUGGGGCAGAUGUUGUAAGCCCCAGUGACAUGAUGGAUGGUCGUGUAGGGGCAAUUCGGUCAGCUCUUGAUGCUGAAGGUUUUCAGCACGUGUCUAUCAUGUCCUAUACAGCAAAGUAUGCAAGUUCAUUUUACGGACCAUUUAGAGAAGCAUUAGACUCAAAUCCACGUUUUGGAGACAAGAAAACUUACCAAAUGAACCCAGCAAACUAUAGAGAAGCCCUGAUCGAAUUGCGCGCGGAUGAGUCUGAAGGGGCCGACAUCCUUCUGGUAAAACCAGGCUUGCCUUAUUUAGAUGUCAUAAGGUUGCUUCGCGAUAACUCUCCCUUACCGAUUGCUGCAUAUCAGGUUUCUGGAGAAUACUCGAUGAUAAAAGCCGGGGGUGUCUUGAAAAUGAUCGAUGAGGAAAAAGUAAUGCUGGAGUCGCUCAUGUGUCUGAGGCGUGCUGGGGCUGACAUUAUCCUCACCUAUUUUGCAUUACAAGCAGCUAGAAGCUUGUGUGGUGAGAAAUGAGAUGAUGCAAUUACGGUCCGUCAGCUUAUGCGAGUUUCUUGACAAACGACGAUUUAGAAAUUUAUUUGUAUUUGAAACAUUCAAAGUAGAAGAAAAGAGAAUUGUAUUUGAAAAGGCUUGUGUAGUUGUUGCUUGUUACUAAAUUUCUUGGAGUUUAUGACAUGGUGUCAUUGUAAUUGUAUUAUGUAGAAUUGAAGCCUUGUAGACCU